CGACGUAACAGGAACAGGAACUACAACAAUAUUAACAUUUUCUGGUAGUGGACCACCAAAACGUUGAAAUAAAACAAACUUUCAAGCCCAGAGCAUGUAGGACCCCCUCCUGGCGGACAAUGAACUGAAAACGAGGGCUUGUGUCUGAGUGAGGCGUCCGUGGAUGGAAGUGGAGAUAGCGUUCGAGAUGGGUCCUGAGAGAAUCUUACCGAACUCUGAGGAGGAGCUGGGACAGGAGCGGCCCUCGGACGGCGGCGUGGCCGAGGUAGGGGGCGAGUGGAGCGGGGAUGAAGAUGAAGGCGGUGUGGGAGGUGAAGAGGAGGAAAAUGGAGGGUACUAUUACCAGCCGCUAAACCAGGACCCUGAUGGACUAAAUGGCGCACCUGGAGAUCAACCUGAGGACAUGCCCCCAGUAGCAGAGCAACUGCAAGCGGUCCAAGAGCGAAUAGAGUCGAUGGGCUUGCACCUCCCCCAGCCCCCACCUGAGGACAGUGAUGCGGAGGAGGAUCCGGAAGCAGCCGCUGCCCAACGCAGCGCAGCAUCCAUCCCGAUGGAUGAAGAUCACGUGGAGCUGGUCAAGAGGACAAUGGCAGCAGUUGCCCUGCCCACUCUGGCUAUCCCAGCCUGGGCUCAGCAAAUCUCAGAUGACCAGUGGAAGGACAUGGUUCAGCAGACGCUCCAAACCCGCCAAAGCUCAGAAGGCCUGAGGCUUGAACGGAAAUAAGACUGAAUUACCGCAUAAGACUUACCUAUUUUAACUGUGCUUUUCACCGUCACACUUCAUUGGAGUUUGAACGUACGUCCUGAGCAGGUCAUAGGUCCAAGGCAUGUCAGUUCUCAAGAGAUGAUGAAAUCCCCUCUAUGUCCUUUUCCUAUUAGAUUAGCAGAUCUCUCAUGAUGAUGUUUGAAAGAAGCCUUUGGGUAUUCACUACUUCUAACAUGGUGCUUACGGCCCUUGAUAGAUUUGUGGUCAAAUUAGUCUGGUUACUAUUUGUUUUUCAGAUCAAGCUAAUUGACUGCUUCUGCUCAGAAAUCUAUGUAGUUGUAUUUAUACUGUACUUGUGAUGCUCAGUGUUAGUUGGCUCCAACGACAGGAACACUGAUCUACAUGAACCAAGAAUAUCCCCUGCCCAGGUUUUCUGAAAUAUUCCGUUGUACAGUCAUUCCACCCUUUUCAACACCAGAUCGCCUUGGUUGUUUUUUUGUUUUCUUUGCCAUGAUUACCAUAUUCAUAUUGCAAUAAGUUUAAUCAUUGUCUUUGUUUAAUUUAAUGUGCAUAUGAUUAUCCAUAAGAAAUUAGAAUUAGUGUUUUGUAACAAAUUCUGCAUAGUGUCCUCAGCUUGGUCAAUCAAUGAUGGAUACAGUGCUUUGAUCAUGAAGAUUCCCAAACUCAAUGGAUGUCAAACAUGUCCACUUUAUUUUUGACUUUAUUUUGUUCUGUACAUACAUGAACAUCUGUACAAAAUAUGACUUUAAUACUAUGUAAUGCUCUACCUAAUUAAAGUACAACAUAUGUACAUUAUGACCUGGAAA